AUGGUGUGGUACCAGGACAAGCAUCAGCUUCAUCUUGGGGAUGGAUGUCGGUACCACGUCCAAUUCGAUGCCUCCAAGACAGCUACCCCACCGUCAGUGCUCUAUCUUCGCAUCAAGAACACUGAGCGACUGGGCGUGCGGGCUGUUCAUCUUUUAUCUGGCCCAUUCACCUUCUACUGCCAUGUUGUCCCGGUCAAUUACGAUCACCGGGUUAAAUUCAACCAAGGCGAAGACCCUGAAGUCAAGUUCAAGUAUCAGGUGAAGCCAGGUAAACUGUUUAACAUGAAGCUUUUACUCAAUGCAAACUCAGAGCUUCGAGACCGGCCAGGUGUGUAUCAAUGGGACAUUGAUAUUUUGCUGAUGAUUGUCAUCUCAAAAAGACCUACGGUGACUUACGAAAUGGUGAUCGGACCAAACCCUGCUGAGUUGAAAAUGGUUACCCUGAUUCUGCUGCAAGUAGAACUGGCACCCAAGUUGGAAACGGAUCCCAUCACGGUGAAGAAACUCCACACUGAUGAAAUAUGGGCUACACCUCCUCGAGAUCCAAGUAAAGACAUCCACCUCGUCAUUCUUACUCAUGGCAUCUUCUCCAAUGUCACCGACGAUUUACUCUAUGUUCGCGAUCAGAUAGUUGAGCACGCUACAGAUAAUGUGUUGGUUCGGGGCUAUGAGGGUAAUCGGGGUAAGACAGAACGUGGUGUCGAGCGGCAAGGACGCCGCGUAGGCGCCUACGUGCUUGAAUUAAUCGACAGCUACCAUGGCCGAAUCACAAAGCUUCUGUUUAUUGGUCACAGUUUGGGUGGCUUGGUUCAGCUAUAUGCCAUCAAGUAUAUGUUGUUGUCUCGUGGUGACGAUUAUUUCACCAAAAAUAACAUUGAACUCGACAAUUUCGUGUGCCUUGCACUGCCAUUGUUGGGAAUUUUGACAGAAAUGAGUUUCAUCAUCCUGUGGUUCUUGGAUUUAGGGUCUUUAGGGAAAACCGGGCGUGAUUUGACACUCGCUAAGAAGCACUCUUUAUGGGGUGGCGAGGAUGACACCACGAGUCGACCGUUUUUGGAGACGUUACCUGACGAACCCCUUGAAACUGCACUUCGCCUGUUCAACCAUCGAACUGUUUACGCGAAUGCGGUUAACGAUGGCAUCGUUCCAUUACGUACGCUGGCGAUUUUAUACCUCGACUAUGGUGCUCUUGGUGAUGUCAAUAAGAUCAAAGAAAAUCAACAACUUGAUACAGCCAAACAUGAUGUCACUAAAGUUACCACAAACGACGAACAUCAAGUUGAGGAAGUUCCAUAUGAAUCAUCUCAAACUGAACUGCAAGAUGCUACGCUCGAAGCUUCUCCUAUCAAACGUCGUUUACGUCAUGACAUGACGAGAAAGGAACUUCGAGUAUUAGCAAUGAGCGGCAGAGGCAUUGACCCGAACUCAGACGACUCUUCUGAAUUCACCUCUGAUCGAACCGAUGAUGAUGAAGAAGAGUACACAUUCAAUAUUCCACCCAAAGCUUCGCUGGUUCAACUGGCUCUUAACUCUUUGAUCAAUCCAGUGCCGCUGAUGCUGUUUGUCACUGAUCCGUCUUCACGGGAUCCCGUCAUCUUCCACGACAAAUAUUAUUGCUUCAAGGAGACUCCACAGAUUCCAGAGUCCAAGACAGUGAUUAUGAGCAGAGUAUUCCAGAACAAGGAUUGGAAGUUAAAGAAACAAGUGAAGAUCGCUCUGAAGUACCAUUCUGCGGGAUGCACCUGGCGUAAGGUACUUGUAAAUUUGCCCCCUGAUGCUCACAACAAUAUUGUCGUAAGACGUCGUUUCGCCAACGGCUUUGGUUGGGGUGUGAUUGAUCACAUGACAGAGAAUUUAUUCUGUAAAAAUGCUGGACUGCUGCCGCCGCCUGCUAAGCAGACUGAAGAAAUUUCCAACUCCCCUCCUAAGUUGUAG